CUCUCGGCGCUGGUUACGCGCCCGAGAUCCCCAAGCCUGGCUUACUGUUUCCUUUGGGGAGUGUCGCCUGGCAUCCCUCUAGCCCUCCACCCGCAGGUGUGAGAGUGCCUACCACGCGGCAGGCGCCGCACUGAGCGCUGUACUAUAGUAGGUUUUUAAAUUUCCCACACAUCCCUAAGCGACAGGAACUGUUACCGCCCGCGUACUGGGGACGAAGGAAAGGCCUUGGAGAAGUUGGGUGGCUUGCCGCGAGUUUUGCAGCUAGUGGCUGAGCGAGGACUCCGAGAGGGGUCUGAGCGAUCCUGAUGCCCAGGCCACAGCCCGCAGCCCCUCCGCUCUGCCGGGUUAUUGUCUGAUCACGCCGUCUGCACCUGUCGCGGGCCUCGCUAGGCAGGAGCGCAGGAGGAAAGGGAGAAAAGAAAGACCACAGGGUGACCAGGUGGCUUUCCUCCAUCCGUACCCUUGGCCCGGGGCGAGGAGAGAUCAUUUCGGGCGCGGGGAUGGCUUUGCGCCUUGGAGAGGACAACCUUCCUUCUGCAGCGAUCGAAAGCGCGGCGGGAACAGGGCUUUGGGGCAAGGACCCUCCUGGGGCUGCAGGGGCGAGCGGAGAGUCUAGGGUCCGGGAGUGGACACUAGGAAAAAGUGGGGUGGCAAGAGCGCGGCUGCCCGCGAAGCUGACUGGGGAGGAGACAAGGCGGCGCGUGCAGAGUGUCCACGCGGUGGGUGUGCGGCGCUUUCAUUCAAACUUUGGGGAGUCUUUGGUUCGGGCGUCAGAGAAGGUGUGACCAAUCAGAGUCCGGGGACGGGAAUAAAUUAUGCAAAUCACCAUCUGGCGAUGGGUCAGAUGACUCCAAUAGUUUAAAAAACUACCUCGCCGGGGAGCUCGCGGUGUGACAGUGGCGAGCCCUGGCUUCCCGGGAGAACGGCACGGGUGAGGGCAGAUCUGGUUCUGGUUGGAGCAUCUUCGCACUCCCCUCACCACCCCGUGGCUCAGUUUAGCCAAGUUUUCAUUUUCCACCUUCUCCACCUGCAGCUGUCUAAGGCCACCACUCUCUCUGGUCGAGAGAAGCCUUACCACCUCGGGUCUUACGGGCUCGGACUGCUGGAAACAUCGAGAGGCGGCUCUUUUUUUUGUGUGGUCUUUCUAAAAGUCCCGUUUGGGGGAAGGGGAUGUGGCCGGGAAGGAUGAGAAACUCCGGUCUUCUGCUCUGCCUCUGGAGCGCUUACUGUUGCUUUGCCGCGGGAGGUCCCGCAACCCUUGGUCCAGAGGGUCGGCUGCAAGAUGAGCUCAACAAAUCCAGGGUUGUACCGGCUGCUGCCAACCCCCCUGUGAGAUUUAACCUCCGCACCUCUGAGGACCCAGAGCAUGAAGGAUGCUACCUCUCCUUUGACCACAACCAGCCCUUAGAAGACUGUGGCUUCAACAUGACAGCCAAAACCUUUUUCAUCAUUCAUGGAUGGACGAUGAGCGGCAUGUUUGAAAGCUGGCUGUACAAACUCGUGUCAGCCCUGCAGACAAGAGAGAAAGGAGCCAACGUCGUGGUGGUGGACUGGCUCCCGCUGGCUCACCAGCUUUACACAGACGCAGUCAACAAUACAAGGGAGGUGGGACACAGCAUCGCCAGGAUGCUCAACUGGCUGCAGGGGAAGGAGGAUUUUUCUCUCGGGGAUGUUCACUUGAUCGGCUACAGCCUUGGGGCUCACGUGGCCGGGUAUGCCGGCAACUUCGUGAAAGGCACGGUGGGCAGAAUCACGGGUUUGGAUCCUGCUGGGCCCAUGUUUGAAGGGGUUGACAUCCACAGGAGGCUGUCCCCUGACGACGCAGACUUCGUGGAUGUCCUGCACACCUACACGCGCUCCUUUGGCUUGAGCAUUGGGAUUCAGAUGCCUGUGGGUCACAUUGACAUCUACCCCAAUGGAGGUGACUUCCAGCCGGGCUGUGGACUCAACGAUGUCUUGGGGUCAAUUGCAUAUGGAACAAUUGCAGAGGUGGUGAGAUGCGAGCAUGAGCGGGCAGUACACCUCUUUGUCGACUCUCUGGUGAAUCAGGACAAGCCGAGCUUCGCAUUCCAGUGCACGGACUCCAACCGCUUCAAAAAGGGGAUCUGCCUCAGUUGCCGGAAGAACCGUUGUAAUAGCAUUGGCUACAAUGCCAAGAAAAUGAGGAACAAGAGGAAUAGCAAAAUGUACCUAAAAACCCGGGCAGGCAUGCCUUUCAGAGUUUACCAUUAUCAGAUGAAAAUCCAUGUCUUCAGCUACAAGAACAUGGGAGAAAUUGAGCCCACCUUUCAUGUCACCAUUUAUGGCACCAAUGCAGACUCCCAGAAUCUGCCUUUGGAAAUAGUGGAGCAGAUCGAGCUGAAUGCCACCAACACCUUCCUGGUCUACACCGAGGAGGACUUGGGAGACCUCCUGAAGAUCAGACUCACCUGGGAGAGGACUUCUCAGUCCUGGUACAACCUGUGGAAAGAGCUUCGCAGCUACCUGUCUCAGCCCCGCAGGUCCGAGCAAGAGCUGAAUAUCAGACGCAUCCGCGUCAAGUCCGGGGAAACCCAGAGGAAAUUGACUUUUUGUGCAGAAGAUCUUGAGAACACCCGCAUAUCCCCUGGCCAAGAGCUCUGGUUUCACAAGUGUCGAGAUGGCUGGAGAAUGAAAAAUGAAACCAGCCCAACCCCGGAGCAUCCUUGAAGGUCCCCGCAAGGCCCCCCACUCCCUGAUUUCCAAGCACAUGGAGGAACGUUACUGCUGAGGACCCACCUGAUGGAAAGACCCUUCUUGGCCUUGACCCUGGAGCAAUGGGAGGAGCCCACUUGCUGGGCCCAGCACCGUGCCUCCCAUUGAUGGCUGGGACUUUUCUCCAGAGGAGACCACAUCCUGCUGUUCUUGCUGUUCCCGCUGCUGCUCUACGAUAGCUCUAACUCCAGAUCUGUGUGCAAAUGGCCGAUGCCCUGGCCUCUAUGCGUACCAGGCUGGCUUCUCAGGACUGGAUGAGCCGGUGCUUCACCCAACAAGGAACACAGGCUCCGAGUGACUCUGCGUGGAAGGCUGUCAGCUGCCUGACCUGACUUGAGUCAUAGUGAGGGGUCUUGCUGCUGGGAGCUGACUCGUGUCAGGAUGGCAGACCUGGGACCUUGUUCACCGGGGGAGGGAGAGUAGAUCUGGGGAGGUGUGGCGGCCCUCGCUCUUGGGGCUCGAUGGGUAACUGGUGACGUGGACUGGUUACAUUUUAUUCGGUCCUGCUCCCCAGCUCCUUCUCCAAAGCACACAUCACUGGCUUUCUUCUUUUUCCAUU